AUGGAGAUUUUGGUCCCCAAUUUUAAACUAAAAUAUUUUGUUGAAAAUGAUCCAUUUGUGGAUGAUAAUCAGUUGAGAGAACAUUUUUGGGAAGCUAUUUUAAGUGAUGAUAAAACUACAAAGUUAAGAGGAACAUUGGCUUUAAAGUUUUUUGUUUCCAUGAGGUGGAUACACGGUGAAAUUAAAAAAUUGGAAGAGGAACAUCCAAAGAAUCGUAAGAUUGUUCAUCUGAACUUAUAUUUUAAAAAGAAGAAAGGAAUAAUUGGAAGCCGAUACGAUAAGAUUUUCUUGUUGGAUUUUAAUGAGAUUGAAGAACAGCAGGACAAGAUUAUCAAAAAAUUGGAGGAAGAAGUCAAAGAAACUAUUUUAGAAAUGAAAAAGACAAAAGCAUAUGCUGAUACUGAAGUUGAAGAAAUUGAGGAAAGCAUGAAAGAUUUUAGUAAAUGUAUUCAAGAUCUAAUUUACAAUGAAUUGAGUAGACAGCUUGUUAUUGAAGUGGCCUGGGCAGAUACAAUGAAACCAGGUCAUGACAGCGAGGGGAAGAAAAAAUUUGCUAUUGAAUUGUUUGAUGGUAAAAUUUAA